UUCCUACUUUCUCUUUUCUUUGGCUUAUUUCGUCUCAAAAUCAUGAAGUACAACCCAUGCUCCCAUCUAAUUUCUGUUUUGUGGGUACGAUGUUUCAUAGUUUGCUCAGCGAUAGCUGUCAGGAAUCUCACCACCGAUCAGUCUGCACUUGUCGAGUUUAAAGAUGGCAUUUUGGAUCCUCAAAAUGUAUUGGCUAACAGCUGGAAGGCCUCUACUUCUGUUUGCAAGUGGGUUGGUGUUUCUUGUGGUUCCAUCCAUGAAAGAGUUGUAGCUUUGAAUCUUACAAGCAUGGAUCUUACGGGUAACAUCCCUCCGCACCUUGGGAAUCUUUCAUUUCUACGUUCUCUUGAUUUGAGCAGCAACCAUUUCAAUGGCCAUCUGCCUAUAGAAUUGGGACAGCUACAUCGUUUGAGGGUCCUUCGAUUAAGCUUCAACGGUCUUAAUGGAGAGGUUCCAUCGUGGCUUGGGAACUUGCACAGAGUUAAAAUGUUGAAAAUGUAUAGUAAUAAUUUCACAGGCACAAUCCCUCAAACACUUGUCAACAUGUCCAAUUUAGAGAUCUUAAGUUUGGGAGCCAAUCAACUGUUUGGUGAGAUUCCAUCUUCCAUCUUCAGAAUUACCUCUUUGAAAGGGAUUUAUCUUGACGAUAAUAGUCUUUCUAGAAGCUUGCCCGAUGAUUUGUGUGUCCAUCUUCCAAAUCUUGAGGUGCUCGAGUUGUAUAGAAAUGAAUUAUUCGGUAAUAUCCCAUCAACUGUAGGAAAAUGCAGCAACCUUCAAUAUUUGGCACUAUUUUCUAAUAAAUUUAGUGGGACCAUUCCAAGAAGCAUUGGAAAUAUGACACGACUCAAAGAAUUAUAUUUGGGAGUCAAUAAUCUAGAAGGUGAAAUUCCGACUUGUAUCUUCAACAUUUCUUCUCUCAAGAUUAUUUCUCUCUCUAACAAUAGUCUAUCAAGAACUCUGCCUGAUGAUCUGUGUCACCCUCUUCCCAAACUUGAAGAGCUUUAUUUGGUUUCAAAUGAAUUAUCAGGUUCUCUUCCACCAAGCAUAAAUGAAUGUUAUAACCUUCGAGUUUUGUCAUUAGGCUCUAAUAAAUUCAGAGGGAUCAUUCCAACAAAUAUUUGGAAUUCAACCAUGCUCCAAAAUAUAUCUCUAAAUGACAACAUUUUACAAGGAAACUUGCCUCCCAUGACCAACGCUCCAAAGCUCGAGAAGCUUGUUUUGUGGGGAAAUAAACUCAGCGGAAACAUUCCCACCUCUAUCUCCAAUGCUUCCAUGCUCAAGCUUCUAGCCUUGAACAAUAAUUUCUUCUCUGGUCCAAUUCCAGAUACGCUUGGCCACUUAAGACUCCUUGAAUGGUUCCAAGUCAAUGACAAUAAUUUGACCACAGAAUCUGCUACUCAUGGCUUGACAUUUCUUUCUUCUUUGGCUAAUUGUAGGAAUUUGACACUUAUAGAAGUUUCGGGAAAUCCAUUGAAAGGAGUUCUUCCUUCUUACAUUGGAAACCUGUCAAAAUCCCUUCAAUACUUCUACGCUUCAGGAUGUGAGCUUAAAGGUAAUAUUCCAAUGGAAAUAGGUAAUUUAAGUAACAUGUUGGUUUUGGCACUUAACUACAAUGAAUUCUGUGGAUCUGUUCCCACAUCAAUAGGAGGGCUGAGAAAUCUCCAAGGUUUGUACCUUGGCUCUAAUAAAUUAAGAGGUCCCGUCUCAGAAAGCAUAUGUGGUUUGGAGAGAUUAUACAUCUUGCUUUUAUCGCUGAAUGAGUUGCAAGGACCUGUACCCACAUGUUUUGGUAAUUUGACUUCUUUGAGGUAUCUUGACUUGGCUUCCAACAAAUUGACUUCUCCAAUACCUUCAACUUUGUGGAAUCUUAAAGAUAUCUUAGAGUUAGAUUUAUCAUCAAAUUACCUCAACAAUUCCCAUGCUCUAGAUGUUGGAGAUUUGAGGAGUCUGGUGGAAUUGAAUUUAUCAAGGAAUCUGCUCACAUGUGAUAUCUCAUCUUCAAUUGGGGGUCUUCUAACACUGCUUUCAUUAGACUUAUCAAAUAAUAAGUUACAUGGUCAUAUCCCUGAAUCAUUUGGUGGUUUGAUUAGUUUGGGACUCUUGGAUUUAAGCCAUAACAAUCUCUCCGGAGCCAUCCCCAAAUCUUUGGAAAAACUUCAAUUUCUAAAUUAUCUUAAUGUUUCUUCCAAUAGACUUGAAGGAGAAAUUCCAAGCAAUGGAUGCUUUCCAAACUUUUCCAGCACGUCAUUCAUGAACAAUUUUGCACUUUGUGGUCCACCAAGAUUGCUAGUCCCACCUUGCAAGAAAAACAUCUCCAAAAACUGCAAGAUGAUGAUAGUGCAUGCUUUAAGGUAUGGUUUACCUGCAUUUGGGAUUGUCAUUGUACUAAUAGUCUUAACUAUUAUGUACAGAAAACGCCAAAGAAAGAGUACAACUCUACCAGUCAAGGAUGAUUCACCGUCUUUGAAAAAUUGGAGAAGAAUUUCACAAGCUGAACUUUCACAAGCAACCGAUGGAUUUGGGGAAAGCAAUUUGCUUGGUUCAGGGAGUUUCGGAUAUGUAUAUAGAGGAAGACUUUCAGAUGGAAUGGAAGUAGCAAUUAAGGUCUUCAAUUUGCAGAUAGAAGGAGCAUUUAGGAGCUUUGACAUUGAAUGUGAAGCAUUGCGUAAUAUAGUUCAUCGGAAUCUUGUCAAGAUCAUUACUUGCUGCUCUAAUGUCGAGUUUAAAGCCUUGGUGCUUGAUUUCAUGUCUAAUGGAAGCCUUGAGAAUUGGUUACAUUCUGAAAACUAUUCUCUUGAUAUCUUACAAAGGAUGAACAUAAUGAUUGAUGUUGCAACAGCUCUAGAACAUCUCCAUACUGGACAUGCAACACCAGUAAUUCAUUGCGACCUAAAACCGAGUAAUAUUCUACUUGAUGAUGACAUGGUUGCACAUGUGGGAGAUUUUGGCAUUGCCAAAUUGUUGGGAGAAGGUGAUGUAAUGAAACAUACCAUGACUCUUGCAACUAUCGGUUAUAUGGCUCCAGAAUUCGGAUCAGCAGGACGUGUUUCUAUAAAAUGUGACAUUUAUAGUUAUGGGAUUGUCCUAAUAGAAACGUUCACAAAGAAAAGGCCAACUGAUGAAGUUUUCACUGAUGAAAUGAAUAUGAGGGAUCGGGUGGAAAGCUCGUUGGCUAAAGGAAUGAUAGAUAUUGCAGAUGCUGAUUUAUUAAGAAGAGAGGACGACUACUUUGUUGUUAAAGCAAAUUGUAUUGCAUCCAUCAUGGACUUAGCUUUGGGUUGUUCAACUGAGACACCAGAAAAAAGAAAAGAUAUGAAGGACGUUGUGGUUGAGCUGAAGAAAAUCAAACAAAGGUUUGUAAAUAGCAUCGAACAUGUUUGAUAAAGAUGGAUCACCAUGAAACUAACUCUGAA